AUGGCAGCACGACUCCUGGACAAAACUAAUGAUGGGGAAAACAGCUCAAAUUUCUACCAGGGCGGCUUCAUCUCAGAUGUUACCUAUCGUUACUUCAAGUCUGGAUACUUACUCACCACAUCAAUGUACUGCCAGCAGAUAAACCGGUGGAUUCCAGUACAGCUCAGCUGGAUACGUGGCCUUUCCGAGAUCUACUAUCACAUUCAUGUUGUGGUUCUUUUCAAACAAUUCAUACGGCCCGACAUAUUGGUAGAAGAGCGAGAAGCUCUGGCAAGGAAUGUCGUUGAUUUCUCGCUUGCUCAAAUGGAGGGGUUCAUAUCAGCAUACCUUGAAGUAUUUGGUGGGACAGAUCGGGUCACCGCACGCAACAAACUGAAGGGUUGCAAACAACACUUCCGAGCCUCUGUCACUCGAAUCAAACGGAAUCGGGCCGUGAUCCAGGCUGAUGAAGUUUCAUUGCUGCUUCGCAAUGAAGAUGGCGGCCUCACCCACGGCAAAAAAAUUGAUGCCUUACAUCGCCGGUUUCCCAAGGUGCGCAGGUGGAUUGACUGGUGGACUACGGCAGAUAUAGAGGCUAUGCUUUUUCCCAGCCAGCGUCAAAUGUUGGACAACAAUCCCAACACGGAUGACGGUCUUCCAGAUACAACAAAUGCACAAGAGAGCAUGCACAGAGUCUACUACAUGCUCAGGUAA